AAAUUUCACUAGCCACCACCACUCCAGUUGGUACCUGGCUGGAAGCAAGCUAUCUGGCUUGGCGCGGCUGGUUCGCAGCAGAGCAGAACGAGAAUUGGCGCCGCGGCCGGCCUUCGAACCCGCCUCGCGCGACUUAACUUGGCUUCUCUCGAUCUCGUUGCCUCCCGCCGGUUGAUCGCCGCGCUGGCGCGGAAGAGGAAGGCGGCGGAGAAGUCUCCGCAAACGGGAAAUGCGGGGAGCACGGGGAAGGGCGGACGCCGCGCUGUUCGGGCAGGAGCGACCGGCGCUGGGGGAAUCAGCGCGGGGGGAAUGGGGAAGAGCAAAACGGGCAAGACCGCCGGGGCGCGGGGUGGCAACAAGGGCGAGGCCGGCGGCAGUGGGUCGUCUCGGGCGGACACGGGGUCGGAUGGCGGGGAGGAGCGGUCGGAGGACAGUGACGCUGUCAUGGGGGGGAGGGAGAGUGCGAGUGGGGGGAGUGAUAGUGGGGAGAGUGCGAGUGGGGAAAGUGAUAGUGGGGAGAGUGAUAGUGAAGGCAGUGAGAGUGAGGGGAGUGGCCGUGAGGAGAGUGAGGAUGGGGAGGAAACUGAGGAGGGAGAGGAGAGGAGUGGUGGCGAGGGAGCUAAGGGGCCAGCAGAGGCGGAAGGGGCGGCGCUUGGUGGGGCUGGGCUGGCGGGCGACGAGUGGUUCCGGCAUGUGGUGGAGGACGAGGAGGGGGAGGGAGGUGAGGGCACGCGGACGGUGAUGAAUGCGGGAAAGGCGGCGAAGCGAGCGCGCAAGGCAGAGCAGCGGGAGCGCGAGGCGCAACUGGGGAAGGCGAAGGCGGGGGGGCUGAAGGCGCGGGAGCGGCGGCAGGAGGAGCGGCGGAGGAAGGCGGAGCGGGAGCGGUUUGAGGAGGAGCAGAAGCGGGCGAAGCGGCGGCGGGCGGAGCGGCAGCAGGAGGAAGCGGAGGAGAGGCGCGGGGCAAAGAGGGAGCGGCGCGUGCAGAGCAUGCAAGGCGUGCUGCACCGACUGUUUGGGAAGCUGGCCGCUGGGGAAGGGCACGGGGAGGCUGGGUUUGGGGAGGGAGGAGGGGCGAGUGGGGACGGGCCACUAUGGGAGGUGGUGACUCGCGUGCAUGCCAUGGCGCACGGCGUGACGGACAGCAGCUUGGAACGUGUGGUGGUGGGCGAGGGCGGGGGCAAGGGCGCGGAGAGACUGCCGCUGCAAGCCAGGAUCCAAGUCAACCCGACCCUUCGCUCUGCCACGGCCAUUCUGUUCCCCGACGAGGCAGUGGUGGUGGAGGGCCACGCGCACGUCACACUGCUGCACGGCGCGGCCCUCGUGCACGGCUACGCCCUGCCCCUCCUCCGCCCCACGCCCCUCUCCGCCGACGCCACCCUUUCCUCCGCUGUGCUGCUCCACGUCGCCCUGCCACCCAACCCGCCUUCCCCCGCCCCUCCUGCCGCCCCUUCUUCCUCCUCUCCUGUCGCCCCUUCUGCCACCCCCCCUGCCGCCCCGGCUGCUGCUGCUGCUGCUGCUGAUACUCCAACAGCUGCAGGGGGUGCAGUGGGCAGGGCGAGUGGGAAUGAGGCGACAGACGGGCCGCAAGCAGGGAAGGGCCGGGAAGGAGGGACAGCAGGGGCAGCAGGGGCAGCAGGGGCAGCAGGGGCAGCAGGGGCAGCAGGGGCAGCAGGGGCGAAGCGUGUGCCCCUGACAAAGCGGCAGAAAAAGGAAGCGGCGAAGGCAGCAGCGGAGGCGGAGGCGGAGAGGAGGCGACGCGGCAAGGCGGAGAGGGGGUGGCGCACCGACGUGCAGGGCAUGGCCGUGGUGGUGUUCCAGUCGUGGGGGCCGGGGCAGCUGGGGGUGGGCGCCAUGGGGCAGGGGAAGAAUGGGAGGGCAGGGGGGGAAGGGAAGAAAGGGGCGAAGGCGGAGGGAGGGGCGGAUGUGAUGGCAGGGACAGAGGCAGCCAAGGACGCGCGACUCACUGCCAACUUCACAUUCCGCCUCCUGGAGCCCAGCACGCCACUGGCGCGGUUGAGGGAGGCGGGGCGGCUGAAGAAGGCGCUGCAAGGCGUGUUCCUGUGCGGGCUGCACGUGGGGCGGGCGGCAGGGGCGCAGAGGCAGGAGGGGCGGGUGCUGACAGGGCUGGAGAUGCGGGGGUGCGAGGCGGUGCGGUGCGACGUGGUGAGCCGCGAGUGGGAGGAGGUGGCGCGCACCGUGGUGGGCGGGCGGCGGAGGAUCAAGAGGCGCGCACGGGGGGAGGUGUGCGUGCCGAUUGUGAUGGUGGUGGGGGGCGUGAACGUGGGCAAGUCAACAUUCGCCAAGUUCCUCGUCAACCACAUGCUGGGCAGGCACCCCUGUGUGGCCUUCCUGGACACCGACGUGGGGCAGCCCGAGUUCACGCCGCCCGGCUUCGUCUCGCUGCACCUCCUCUCCCACCCCGUCUUCGGCCACCCGGCGCUGCACCAGCGCACGCCCCUGACGAGCCACCUGUACGGCGACAUCAGCCCGGGCAACGACCCGGCGCUGUACCUAAGACAGCUCUUCUCGUUGUAUGACGCCUUCCGACAGCACUACUACGACGGCCACGGGACGGCUGCGACUCCCCUAGUGAUCAACACGCACGGGUGGAUCAAGGGCAUCGGGUACGACGUGCUGGUGGACUUCAUCCGCUACACCGCCCCCACGCACGUGCUCUCCCUGCUGGCGCCUGACGCCGCGGACAACCUGCCUGCGGGGCACUUCUGGCAGCCGGGGGGGUUCGCCCCCGACGACAUGAACCCCAACAUGACGCCCCUGGGGGGGCUGGGGGGCGCGGGGGACGGCGCAGGGGGGAGGGGCGCGGACUGGGAGGGGGAGGGGGAGGGGGAGGAUUCGGGGGAUGUGGGGGAUGUGGGGGAUGUGGUAGAUAGGGGUGGGGUUGCAAGAGGGCUGGGAGGGGAAGGGGAAGGGGGAGGGGGAGGAGAGGGAGGGGAAACAGCAGCAGGAGGAGGGGGAGCAGGGAAAGGGGCAGCAGUGGGGGCAGUGGUAGCGGUGCGCACGUCUUUGAUCACCGUGGCAUCGCUGUCAGCCAACACUGGCCCCGGUGUCAGCAACUCCUACCGCGUGGCUCACGAGCAUCGCAGCCUGCGAGUGCUGGCAGCCAUCCGCCUCGCCCUCUCCCCCGCCCGCCGCCUCGCCCUCGCCAAGCUCGCCCGCUGCAUCCCCCGCCUCCCCGCAACACCCACUGCUGCCACCACAUCCGCUCCUUCCGCCCUCUCCUCUCCCCCCCUGCCCGGCCUCCCCCCGCCGCUCUUCCUCUUCCCCUUUGACGAGCACUGGGAGAUGGCGCGCUGCGCCCGCCUGCUGGCGUGGCGGGCUCCCUUCGAGGUGGACCUGGGGGAGGUGCAAGUGGGCUGCGUGCACGGCGAGCUGUCCCCCGGCAACACCCUCAUCGCCCUCAACGCCUCCAUCGUCGGCCUCUGCUCCUCCUCCCCUCCCCCACUCCCCGCCCUGCCACCUCUCCCUUCCUUGCCUGCUGCUGAGGCCUCUGCUCCUGCGGCUGCCGCCAUGGCUGCUGCAAUACCAGCGUUGCCACCGGUACCAUCACCAGAAGCAGCAGCUGAAACCGAUGCAGCAGCAGUGCCAGCAGCAGCACCACCACCACCACCACCAGCACCAGGAGCAGCAGCAGGGACAGCGCCAGCCUUCCCGUCACUCGUGUGGAACCCUCAGGACGCCGCUCUCAUGCCCUGCCUCUCCUUCGGUGUGGUGCGCGGUGUGGACGUGAACCGGGGUGUGGCGCACGUGGUGGCGGCGCUGCCUCUCUCCCGCAUGCACGGCGUGGACACGCUGCUCAUCUCGCACCUGCAGCUGCCCUCUUCCCUUCUUCUGGUCUGCUACCAUUAUUGCCCUUUCUGCCUCUCACUCAUUCACUUCUGCCUCUCACUCAUUCACUUCUGCCUCUCACUCAUUCACUUCUGCCUCUCACUCAUUCACCACUGCCUCUCACUCAUUCACCACUGCCUCUCACUCAUUCACUUCUGCCUCUCACUCAUUCACCACUGCCUCUCACUCAUUCACCACUGCCUCUCACUCAUUCACCACUGCCUCUCACUCAUUCACCACUGCCUCUCACUCAUUCACCGCUGCCUCUCGCCCGCAUGUCACUUCCCUCAUGCACCUCAUCCACUCGCUGCUCGACUCGCGCCUGCAGCUGCCCUUCGCACUCCUCCUCCUCACCUCCCAUCUCCCCGUCUGACUCUCCCUCUCAACUAUCCUCUCCCGCCUCUCCUCUCCCACCUCCUCGCCCACCUUCUUCGCCCCCACCUUCUUCGCCCCCACCUGCUUCGCCCCCACCUGCUUCGGCCCCACCUUUCGUUUCUCACCUCUUCACUCGUCUCUCCUCGCUCACCUCUACUCCCACCGCUCUCCCCCUUGCAACGACCUGGUGGCGCCGUACCUGUGCUUCCACUCGCUCGCCGACGCCACCCUGGGCGCCAAGGAGCUGCCCAUCCGCGAGGUCAAGCGCUGAGGGGAGGCCAAGCGCUGAGGGGAGGCCAAGCGCUGAGGGGAGGCCAAGCGCUGAGGGGAGGCCAAGCGCUGAGGGGAGGCCAAGCGCUGAGGGGAGGUCAAGCGCUGAGGGGAGGCCAAGCGCUGAGGGGAGGUCAAGCGCUGAGGGGAGGUCAAGCGCUGAGGGGAGGCCAAGCGCUGAGGGGAGGUCAAGCGCUGAGGGGAGGUCAAGCGCUGAGGGGAGGCCAAGCGCUGAGGGGGGGGGGGGGGGGGGGGGGGGGGGGGGGGGGGGGGGGGGGGGGGGGGGGGGGGGAAGAGGGGGGGGGGGGGGGGGGGGGGGGGGGGGGGGAGGUCAAGCGCUGAGGGGAGGCCAAGCGCUGAGGGGAGGCCAAGCGCUGAGGGGAGGAGCGCUGAUGGGAGGUCAAGCGCUGAUGCGAAGUGAAGAGCGGUGAUGGCAGGCCAAGCGCUGAUGCUGAGGAGAAGGUAGCUGGGGAGAUGCUCUGAGGCUCCUCAGGACUCCAGCCAGGGGAGGAUAGUGAUAGUGCCACUCCCACCUCUCCCUUUCUGAGACAUCACGUGAAUGUGUCCGCAAACCAAGAGCUCCUCGGAAGGGUGAAUCCCUCAAGAAUGGAUCCAGAACGCGUGUCACUCGUACACGAAUAAGUGUUGGUGAUCCAAAGUACAGUGCCAGCCCCUCAGAUAUCAGGAUGUUUUAUCCUGAAUUCCUGAUUUUCAGGAUGCUUGUUAGGGGUCAAUCCUGAAAAUUCAGUUUAAGGUCAUUUUCCACCCUGUGAAUUCAGUUUUAAGUCAUAAUGCAACCCUGAAUGUAACACCACACUCGAGUGAAGCCGUAUCGAGUAUACGAGUCAACGGAGGUUACACGAGGAGGUUGGACGAAAGAACACGAAAGGACGAAAGACUCGAAGGGUCGCAACCGGAGGUUGCGACUGACCGUUACAAUUGCAAGGGUGGUAACCGAAUCGACCAUCGAGUCGCUGUGCGACUCGAUAACCGUUCUUCAACUGUAUUCUACAACUGCUUUACUUUCCUAUCUUCUAUAUAUUGCUGUAUGCUUGUUUCCUUU